UUAUUAACUCAUAAGAGGAAGACUGCCAUAAAAUGUCAGUUCCACAGUUCACAGACAGCAACUGAACCAUCAAAGCCAUUUCGGAUUAGACCGAAAUUUACCAAAACGUUACUGCAAGCGGUUAUUGUUCAUCUAUAUAACCACAAUUGCCCCCUGCCAUCUUUUCCUUACUCUACUCUUCGAACUUGCCAUUUGCUCAUUAGAUUUCUCUCCGCCAAGCAAUUUUCUCCUUCCUCUUCGUCUCCUUCAUAAAUUUUCCUUUCUGGGUUCACUCUCGAUCUUCAAGUCUUUCUUUCCAAAAGAUUUCUUGUUUUUUCUUUUUUUCUAUCAUCAGUUUCUCAAGGUUCAAGAAAGAUACAACAAUGGAUGUUCUUCACUUCUUGUUUGGUGUUUUUGGAAAUGCUACUGCCUUGUUCCUUUUUCUUUCCCCAACGAUUACAUUCAAGAGAAUCAUAAAGAGUAAAUCAACAGAGCAGUUCUCAGGUAUUCCAUACGUGAUGACCUUGCUCAACUGUCUCCUUUCUGCCUGGUACGGACUACCAUUUGUGUCAAAGAACAACCUUCUGGUGUCAACAAUUAAUGGGACAGGAGCAGUAAUUGAGACCAUUUAUGUGUUAAUCUUCAUCAUCUAUGCACCAAGAAGGGAGAAGAGCAAAAUUCUAGGCCUUUUCACACUUGUGCUCACUAUUUUUGCCCUUGUGGCUUUUGUAUCUCUGUUUGCUCUCCAUGGCAGCACAAGGAAGCUCUUUUGUGGCUUAGCUGCUACCAUUUUUUCUAUCAUUAUGUAUGCCUCUCCUCUCUCCAUCAUUAGGCUGGUGAUCAAAACAAAGAGUGUGGAGUUCAUGCCAUUUUUCUUGUCACUGUUUGUUUUCUUAUGUGGUACUUCCUGGUUCAUCUAUGGUCUACUUGGCCGGGACCCUUUCGUAGCUAUACCCAAUGGGUUUGGUUGUGGUUUAGGAACACUACAGUUGAUCCUGUACUUCAUUUACCGCAAUAGUAAGGCAAGUGCUGAAGCCAAGAAACAACCUACAUCUCAAUCUAUGGAAAUGGGUCCAUCAGGAAAGCCACAGAAAAUGGUGGCAAAUGGUUCUCAGGAUGAACAAGUUUAAGAAACACAAUACAAGCUUGUAUUGUACCGUAUACGGUUUAUGUUCUCCAGCAAAAUAGUUCAUUAGAAAGAAAAAAAAAUUCUGUCUCCGAAUUGGCUUGGAAGUGUUUGUUUCCAAGUUUUCUUUCUCGUUAUAUGCACUCCAGGUGACAAAUAUUGCCAAUUUUAGGUGAUGGAAUGGAAUGUAUACAAACAAAAAGCAUUCGUAAUACAUCUUUCAUAGUGAUGUGUUCCAUCAUGUGAGUUUGAGAUCA